UGUUUUAAGAAGUCACGCACGGAACGUUUCAGAAACAUUGAGGGAGGAACUUAUACUGCGGGUGGAGUAAUUUCUUCAAUUGAUUACUUGUGGCUGUUUUGAAAUGAUGUCUACAGCAUGGUUACAUUUGUACAAUGGGAACUUGGAACAAAUAAACUCCUGAUGUCAGUGUACUGGAAUCAGUUGCUUUUCACCAGACAUUGGAAGCAAAGUUGUGUUAUAAGCUCUUGGAAAGCAAACAGAAUGACAGUUUUGCUGAAAACUUUCAGAAGGGACCUUCUUCAAUAUAGACAGCAUAACGUUAUGCAGAUAGCUGCAGCAUCCAAAAUUAGAUUUGAUGAGAUUAUUGAAAGUCGAAAACUCCAAAAGGCUCUAAAUCAAGAAUGCUUGGAACACAUUUCUUGUCCUAACGUAUUGGAGCUGGUACGGAUUUGCAAAGAUCUUGAUUGCACGCUUACAAAUAUUCAUCUACUAACGAGUAUUAUUGAAAAGAAUUAUAACAAGUCAUGGAGCAAUACUUUAUCCAAUGUCCACACUCUUAAAGAGCAUGGAUACUCUGUUCCUCAGAUGAUUCAGCAUCACCAGUUAUUUUCUUUGAUGAAUAAAAGACUACAUACCAUGUUAGAUGUGACAAAAAAUGAACAAACUAUGUUCAUGCUUCCAGUUGAAUUACAUAAUUAUGACCAAUGGAUAUGGAGGUACUUACUUCAUGCAAAAUACACCAUGGUGGAGAAACCAAAGUAUCCUGGCUAUAUUUGGAGGCGAUCUCUCUCAAGCAAGGAAAAUGUCUUCAGGUUUUUCAAACAUGAAGGGAUUACCUUUCCAAAGGAUUUUACUAGAUAUCCUGAAAAAUGGAUUACUUAUGAAAGCUUGAAUGCACUUCUUGCACAUGCUUCGCAGUAUGGAUUGAAAGUUCAUGAACUGGAUUUGAAAGAAAUUAAUGAUUUUGGCCUUUCUAAAAAAGUGUUUCACGGUUCUCAAACAAUUCUUCACAGUUUGUUCUAUGAAUAUUUACAACAACAGAAAUUAGAUGAAGAUGUGAAAGGCCUUAUUCUGCUGCAUGAAAAGGAUGUCAUCGAAAAUUUGAAAAUUUUGGAGAAGCAUGGGUUCAAAAUGGAAGAUAGUGCAUCUUGUCCUUUAGUAUUGUGCCACUCUCCAGAGGUAUUGCUGGUGUAUUUAAAAAGUCUUCUGGAACGAAAAGAAUUUGAGUCCAUUUUAGAGUCGGGUAGGAAUAAGAAAAAAACUCUUCAAUAUGUACAAUAUCUAAUAGAAAGGAAUCAUAGAUUUAGCACGCAGGUUGUCAAGACUGAAUCACAUGCUGCUCUAUGUUAUGAGUUGAACAUGCCUUCUGCAUAAGAGAUCCAUCAUCAGCAGAUUUGUAUUCUACAGUUGCCUUAAGCUGUUUGUGAAAAGAAACCAUGCCAUUUUAGUCUACAAUGUGUCAUGUUAUUUAAAUAGCCCCACAUCAGUGGUCCAUCAUCUGUUUGUCGUCCUUCCAUAAACAAUCCUUGUUAUCAAUUUUUCUUGAGAAGAACAUUUCUCAGGUAUCAUAUGUUGGUUGCCCUUGCAAUCUAAGUCUGACCAUUGGGACAAAAUUGUCGACUGGGGUGGUUGUCUUUCACAAUUUAUGUUUGUUAUUGCUGUAUCCUGAGAAGUGGUGGGAGGAUACUUCUAAAACCUGCAAACAGGCAGCCAUCUUUUAGUUUCACCUUUGAAGAUUGUUAUCACUAUUUCUUUAGAUACACCUGAAGGAUAUUUCUUAAACUUGAUGUGUAGGUCCAUAUUGGUUCUCCUUGCUCUCUAGUUGUGCUUGUCCACCUUUGAGUGUGAUGAGGAAAACAAAAUGGCUUAUAGGCGGCCAUUUUGUAAAUUGACAUUUUCUACUUAUUAUUGCUAUUUCUGGACAAAUGCUUAAAAUGUUAUGGAUGUUUCUCAAACUUGACACCAUGCCAUACAAUUCUUCUGCUUAUUUUUGGACUGACCUAGACAUCCAGCAUGGAUUUUUACAAUAUCUUUAGAAUUACUGGAUUAUCUUUCCUGAAUUACAUAUAUAUAUAGCUGUGCCAUUUUUAUUUUAGUACUGAUAAGGAAAACGAGAUGGCUGACUGGGGAGCAUCUUGGAUAUCACAGUUAAUGAUUACCUCAAAGGAAUAUUCAAAUUUCAUAUAAAUUCAUAUACGUAUGGGUUAAAACAGGAGGAAAAAAGAGGAAAGAAGGGAAAAGAUCCAAAUUUAAAAGAACUAACAAAGGCACCAGGAUCCCACUGGGAUGUGAUGCAAGAAAUAAAUUUUAUAGCAGCACAUUUAUUUUGGUUAAACUCUUAAUAAGAAAGAGGGAUGGAACUUAGUAGACAUAUGGGGAUAUAUGAGUAUAGUUAACCUUUAAUUUGCAAGUUCUAUGGUCAGUGUACAGUAAAAUGUACUUUUAAAGUAAUAAAUAUACUGAGAGGAAAAAGAAACGCAAUUAGGAAUUUCCAGGUCAACUACGGGAAAUAGAAAAAAGUGUUUUAGAUUGUAGUUAUGGUGUAACUUGAAGAUAGUUGACCACUCUGUCAUCUACGAGAAUUUCAUUCGUGUACGUUAAGUAAACCUUUCAAAUGUGACGUUGAUUCAAGAGUACCCCACUCAAAAUGAAGUGCGUUCUGGACCCAUCAAUAUCGUGUGUGCCCCCCGCGAGCUGCAGUAAUUGCACGAUUCCAUUCCUCAUCCAGCGCCAACGCCAACUGAGCAUUGAUUGGAGGAUUCGGCCUACGUCUUAUCCUUCUGUCCAACUCGUCCCAUAAAUGUUCAAUUAGGGAGAGGUCAGGGCUGCAUGGGGGUCAGUCUAGGAUGGGGACAUUGUUUGCUGCGAGAUAACCAUGGCAAACCCUUGCUACAUGCGGCCGGGCGUUGUCCUGCUGAAACAUCAGUUGACGCUGCUUUACUAGAGGAACAACAUGUGGUGCUAGGACUUGAUUUCUAUAGCGGAUGGUCGUGAGAUUUCCCUGAAUAACGACCAGAGAAGUCUUGAUACCAUGUGCAAUCCCUCCCCGUACCAUGACCGAUCGUCCUCCAAAGCGGUCAUUCUCUAUCAAGCAAGCAUCUGCAUAGCGCUUGUGGGUACGUCUAUAGACAUGACGUCUGCCAUCUGGCAGGUAAAGCGAAAACCUGGACUCAUCUGAGAACAGGACACGGAAUAUGUGUUCAGCCAUUGCAUUCGUCUGGCACGUCGCCGCGCAUUAAACUGUGGUCCAAUAUAUGGCCGCCACGGUCUUAGACUGAAGACACGCAGUCGAGUAUGCACUGUCUUUGGAUCAAUUGGAACAUGAUGAUGCCCAUUUGUGUUCCUUGCUGUUUCCGUGGCUGUCAGAAAGCGAUUGCGUAGGUGCGAAAGUCGCACUUCCUUAUCCUGCUGAGGCAUCGUCACACAAGGGUGACCGCUUCGGGGACGGUCUGCAACCCUUCCGGUGUCAUGUAGUCUUUGGAUGAGACGGCAAAUGUUUGAUGGAUGGACUCCAAAUUGAUUAGUGACCUGAUUUUGCAGAGUACCUUGCAUAAGAGGUGCAAUGGCAUGACCCCAGUCAACUUCGGACAGUCGUGGCUUUUUUACAGUGAACUGUUCAUGCUUAAAAUGUGUGAAAUCAAGACUGAUAUGUCUGAAGAUUUGCACACAGAGAUUUUGAACCAAUCCUUUAUACUGGGUUCGAGAUAUCGUGCUUUAGUUUCUUAUUCUUUUGUACAAGCUGCGUGCGCAGUUUAGUUAUGCAUCAGUGAUUUUAAUAUGGUACCAUAGGGAACUAACUCAAAUGCACACAUUUGUCAAGUUUCAAGGGUGUAUGUCAAAGAUUUAAUUUACAAUAUUAACUUUCUGCUAAUUGCGUUUCUUUUUCCUCUCAGUAUAUAUUCUUACAAGAAUUCCAUACCACUUUCUAAGAGCAGUGCUUACAUAUAUGGUCUUCUGUGCAGGGAAGUUUAUACAACAUACAAUCAAUUAGGUGGGUUUUCUUUUCUAGGUAUAAAUAUAAACUUUAUUUAUUUUACAACAAUUGCGAAACAAGUUAUGUCAACUUAUACUAAUCACUCUUGUUGGCCUGGAUGUAAGCGUGCGAGGGGUCUUAUUGUGGGAGGAAACCGGAGUACCUGGGGAAAACCCACGUGGUCGGGCAGGUGACCACUUACCUUUUCACAUCAGUUCCGGGAAUCGAACCCAGGUCGGCUAGGUGAAAGGCGAGUGCAUUACCACUGCGUCACCUGACCAACCUAGGUAAGGUACAUACAAUCAUUUGUUGGUAAUUUUCCUGGGCAGCAAUAGAUGUGGAUGUCGGCUUAUUCAGUAGUUCUUUCUUCUGAAUUUCAAUUUGUAAAGAAGUUCUAUAUGGCAAAAAUACUAGUAAUUUGGUAUUAAUGUAUAAUAUAACGGUAUGAUUG